AUGAUCCAGUGUGAUUUUUGUGACGAAUGGUUCCAUCCUGCCUGUGUUGAUCUGGAAGAGGGUGAAGUUAAUGAUGUUGGAAGAUGGUUUCUUGGGUUUCAAGGGAGAGUAGCACCGAAAGAGGGAUGGGGAGAAGAAUUUUUGUUGGAGGACAUCGAUGAGUCUGUCAUUCAAGUAGAAACCAAAAGACAUCGUGUUGAAGGCUGGAACCUGUUUCGAGAAGGUCGUGUUACUGGACUGAGCAGCAAUAAAAACGGAAAUUAUGUAUAUUUCCGUAGUCAGUGUCAGGCAUCCAUGAGACAGCUGUCCUAUAAUGUGUUUAUCUGUUUCAAGGGCAGUCGAAGGCUUAAGUGGUCAACCUGUUCGUGCCCUGCUGGAAUCGAUGGCCAGUGUAAGCAUCUUGUGGCAACUUUGUAUUGUUUGAUAGAUCUGUACAGACUAGGGAUAAACAAAAUCCCAGAUGCUAAGACAUGCACACAAAAACUUCAAAUGUGGCAUGUCCGAAAACCUGUGACAGACGAACCACUGCUUUUUUCUGACAUAAACUUUGUUAAGCAUGACCCAGAGAGACCAGCAAAAGGGGACCUUGGUUGUAGUGUGAAGCAACAUAAUCCUGUACUUGAGUUUGCAAGCACUGUGACACAGGUAAAAAUUCAGAAACUUGUUAACUUAUAUGAUUCCAAUUGUAUUAAGUUACCAGUCAUAGACACCAUCAGGACCAAUCAAUGUAUUCCAGUGUUGCCUAAACAGCAAAUGGAUGGAAGCCUUCAUUCUGAACUUUUUGAAUUAAUGAAUGGAACAGAAUAUAACUUUAGUGUGGAUGAUUACACAACUAAAUUGACUGCAUCAGAGAAACAACACUACAGUUCCAUUGUGGAAGUAAAUAUUGAAACAUCUAGAUGUAUUGAAAAGAAAACUCGAUUACAGAGUAAGAGUAAGUUUUGGUUUGACCAGCGCCAACAUAGAAUAACGGCAUCCAACUUUGGGACUUUCUGUAGACUAAAAUCAUGUACUAAUCCAAUAACAACUUUCAAUAGAAAGCAGAAGUUUUUCACGUGCAGAAGUGUCCGCCAUGGUGUAGAUUAUGAGUCAGCUGCAUUUGCCAAGUAUAGUGAAGUCCAACCCUGUGAAAGUUGCUCAGCAGGUUUAAUAAUAAAUCCCAAAAUACCAUAUUUAGGUGUUAGUCCUGAUAAAAUUGUGCUUACCAACAGUGAAUUGAAACUUAAAUGGUGGAAUAAUAAGAGAAGCCCCCCUUCUUUCAACAUCUUCGCGAAUGUCAAAUCCCCGAUCAACCAUGAGGCUAUCACCAUCUUCCAUCCUUUACGAAGACGCACUAGUGUUAUGAAGAGCUCUUCCAUUGGUGAGAGUGAUCUAGAUGGUCCACGUUUCUUUAAUAAGUCAUACGGUGUACCAGAUGAUGUGUUCUCUGUGCCCACAUAA